UCAACACAGUUUAAAGCAAACUCAAUUGCCCAAAACAAUUCAAAAAGCCACCAAUCAAUCAUCACUAUUACACCUUAAGCACAAGGGUCCCAUCUUUUCUGGGUCUGAAAAUCCCAAAACAAAUGGGACCCAUUGCUGACUAGAAAGAAGACUGCUUAGCUUAGUUUCCCACCAGAACAAUGGCCACUUUCCAUGUGAAGGUUCUCUGUAACUCUACACUCUACUUUACCCACUUAUCCUCCAUUUUCUCUCUCAAAUCUAAACAGAAGAGAGAAAAUUAAAGAGAGAAAGAAUCAAAGAAAUGCCCUUUUUUGCUAAAUUAUGGGGCAUCAUUUUAUCAAUUCAUUUGUUAUGUUUGUUUAGAUCUUGUUAUGGAGGAGACCCAUAUGUGUUUUUUGAUUGGAGAGUUUCAUAUAUCACUGCUUCCCCUCUUGGAUCUAAACAGCAGGUUAUUGCUAUCAAUGGGCAAUUCCCAGGACCAAUUCUCAAUGUUACAACUAACUGGAAUGUCGUCGUUAAUGUUAGGAAUGAUCUUGAUGAGCCACUGCUUCUAACUUGGGCUGGUGUACAACAGAGGAAGGAAUCUUGGCAGGAUGGUGUCUCAGGGACAAAUUGCCCUAUCCCUGCUGGCUGGAACUGGACAUACGAUUUUCAAGUUAAAGACCAGAUCGGGAGUUUCUUUUACUUUCCAUCCUUGAAUUUUCAGAGAGCUUCUGGUGGAUAUGGGGGCAUCACUAUAAAUAACAGGGAAAUCAUCCCCAUACCGUUUGGGACCCCAGACGGAGACAUUACUCUUUUGAUUAGUGAUUGGUAUAUAAAGAAUCACAAGGAACUUCGGAAGGACCUUGACAGAGGACAGGACCUUGGCGCUCCUGAUGGUGUGCUUUUCAAUGGACUAGGUCCUUAUCGCUAUGACACAAAUCUUGUUCGUGGAAAUUUUCAAUUCUUGUCAGUGAAUGUUGAACCAGGAAAGACUUAUCGUGUACGAGUGUCUAAUGUUGGUAUCUCUACCAGCUUGAAUUUCAGAAUCCAGAAUCACAAUCUAAUUCUUGUUGAGACUGAAGGGUCAUACACAGUUCAGCAGCAAUACACGGACUUGGAUAUUCAUGUUGGUCAGUCCUACUCAUUCUUAGUCACUAUGGAUCAAGAUGCCAGCAGUGACUACUACAUUGUUGCCAGUCCUCGGUUUGUAAAAACUUCUUCUUCUGGGGGUAGCGCUGUUGGUGUUGCUGUCUUGCACUACUCCAAUUCUCAGGGACCCGCUUCAGGUCCUCUUCCAGCUCCUCCUACUGAUUUAGACCCAUCUUACUCUAUGAAUCAAGCAAAAUCCAUAAGGUGGAAUUUGACUGCAAGUGCUGCUCGUCCAAACCCUCAGGGGUCUUUCAGAUACGGUCAAAUCACAGUCACGGAUGUUUAUGUGCUUUUAAGUAAACCUGCAGAGCUUAUAGAUGGGAAGUGGCAUACAACUCUCAAUGGGUUAUCCUACUUUACGCCUUCAACACCUUUAAAGCUUGCCCAGCUUUAUAACGUACCUGGAGUGUACAAGCUCGAUUUUCCGAGCAGACCAAUGAACAGAUCUUCAAGACUAGACACUUCGUUAAUAAAUGCAACUUACAAAGGCUUCGUGGAGAUUAUACUGCAAAAUAGUGGUACAACUGUUCAAACUUAUCAUUUGGAUGGAUAUGCCUUCUUUGUUGUUGGGAUGGAUUACGGGAUGUGGUCUGAGAACAGCAGGUCCGCCUACAACAAAGAUGAUGCUGUGGCUCGUUGCACCACUCAGGUCUAUCCUGGAGCAUGGACUGCUAUUAUGGUUUCACUUGACAACUCCGGCAUUUGGAAUCUCCGAGCUGAGAAUUUGAAUUCUUGGUAUUUAGGACAGGAGGUUUAUUUGAGUGUUCUGAAUCAUGAAAAGGACAAUAAUGAGGUUGCUUUGCCAGAUAACACAAUAUACUGCGGCUUAUUAUCAGCCUUACAGAGGGAUCAAUCUCAGAGGAUAGACUUUUCAGGCAUGCAGCAACUUGCUUGCGUAAGCACUACAACGCUGGUUGCUUUAGCUAUUAGUACCCUUAUAAUUUACAUGUCUCUUAACUCAGUAGCAUGCUUUUAGUAGAACAUGAUCAUUCACUUCACUUAACUUCAUCAGUUGAAGAUGUGCGCCAAAGGUGCCUUCCUAGAUGCGAAGUUAAAAUGUUAGAAGUCACAUAUUGUUCUCGUUAUUCUUUACAUUAGCUGAAUUUUGGAGCAGAUAGAAUUCCUGUACUAACAGUUACCAUUUUUGGUUUACACCUUACUUCAUGUCACAUCUAUUUCCUUUUAGAAGUUUAA